ACACUGGGGGCAUAUGUGAUAGUUCCAGGCGACAAAUGGUUAAUAUGCUUGCGGGACACAUGACAGAAACUGAAGGGAGAAUUCCCCAACGAGUGACCAAAGAAAAAUAUGCCCUUGGCAUCAUCAGUUUGUUUCCUGCUCUGAAGGAUCCACUUUCUAAAAAAGGCUAUGAGCAUUUUUAUGAUGCCCAGAGUGGAUCCAGCUUCUUGGCUUGGCGGCUGAAGACAAUACAACGGAAGACUAAGCUUUUCCCUCUGCCGUGUAGUACUACAGUGGAAACAGGAGGUGGUCCAACUCUCGUUAGAAAUAUAAAUGAAGAACACCAACUCCAGGAUGGACCAUGCAAAGAGGCUCUUUCUUUGAUGACCCACACUAAUGAUCAGGAGACUAUAUUCCAGAAGAUGCGAGAGACCUUUGAAUAUAGACAGAAGCUUGUACACGAUCCGGAAAGUUCAGCAACAGUCUUGUCUGUGUUCCCAAGACUGUUGGACACAAAAGGAUUGAUUCUUCAAGAUUUCAGCCUUCUCUUUGGACCUGAAAUAUCUUCUAAACUUCUGGAAAGGUGGCCGUCAUUCAAACCAAAGUUGAUAAAGGAGGCAUCUGCACUUGUGACAACUGCUUAUCUGGAACAGCUUUUGCAGUCUGCCAAAGAGGAGCAAGUGGGAUCAUCUGAAGAAAGCUUGGAAGGAUGGGACAGUGAUAUGUCUACUUUACUCCUGCUCCUGCAUAUCCUGUCACCUCAGCCAGCUGGAAGAAAAAAGACAAAUAAGAUAAGUGCUCGUCAAGCUGUGGACCACCUUAUAGAUUUUCACAAGUCAUGCCGGAGUCUUGAAGAGCAUUUGGAAACUGAUGAACGUCAACAGCCUUACCUUCUUGCUUCAGGGACCAGCAGACGAGCCAUUGACAACUUCUAUAUAGUCAUGGAUAAAAAACUCAUCUCAUGCCAAGGAAGAACAUCGCUUGCAGCAUUUGAUGAGCUUUUCAAGGUCCACUUUGUUCUUAGCUUAAAUUAUGAUGAAGCACUUCGCAGCAUGUAUACUUUCAUCCAGACUACUGUCUAUGGUAUUGAUGUGGGAACCACCAAAGAGACUCCAAAAGUGAAGGAACUGCGAGCCAAGUUGUUGAAUGAUGUUUAGGUGUUAUGUUUGUAGGACAUCACAUCAUUCAGGUGGUCUGUUGAUUCGGCAUCUCAAACUUUCACAUGGUUUAUAUCCUGGCAAAAAGUUCAAAUUGUUAUGUGCACAGGAUGGUUGUUCUUUGGAAUUUAAAAGUUACUGUGGUUUCAGAAGACAUCUUAAACUUUUUCACACUGACACUAGUGACACUGAACUUCCGAAUUGCUCGGAUUUGCCAACAACUUCAAAUGCCAUCGCAUCUGUAGGUAUGCCGGCUCUGCCUAUUGAUGAACCUUGUGAUUCCUCUUCUGCAGUGGGGAACUCACACCAAGACAUUGCUGACCGUACUG